GACAACAUUAUUCAUAACAGUUGAAAAAACUUACAAAGCCAGAUAACUAGGCUAAUGUUGUUCUCGCGUUACGUGGGUGCGCACAGUGUUUUUCAACUGUUAGAUGUUAUUUUUGUAGCUAACUAACGUUGACAUCUCCAGGAAACUAGUCCAUGCACGAUGGUGGAGCAAUCCGACCGCGCUCCUUUGCUGGACUGGGAAGAUGUCCCAUCGGUCGAACAGACCCCUGCGCUGGUGUCGCCAGAGACCGAUUCGGUAUCAAGCCCCACAACCCGCCUGUCGCUCGGCAACAUCGCGCCAGGCACCGAAUGGAGCAGCAGCCCCAGAGACCGCUCUGGUGCAACAGCUGGUGUAAGCGGAGUCCCAGGCUCCAUCAGAGUCGGCGUGGGAUGGGACCCGCUGAACCCCACCACGGGGGAAAGGGUGGUCGCGGAGAACCGUCAGGCUGGGUGGGAGAAGGACCAGAUCGUGGCUGUUUUUGUUGUGACAUUUGACACAAGAUCGGGUAACCUGGUGGAGUGGUGUCUGCCACAGGAUGUUGACCUGGAGGGGGUGGAGUUUAAGUCCAUGGCCAGCGGCUCCCACCGAAUCACCAGUGACUUCAUAUAUUUCCGGAAAGGCUCCUGCUUCGGGCUGGCAUGUUUUGCCAACAUGCCGGUGGAGAGUGAGCUUGAGAGGGGGGCACGCAUGAAGUCUGUGGGUGUCCUGUGCCCCUCCUAUACCCUCCUCUAUCGCCACAUGAACUUCCUGGAAAACCAGGUCAGGCUCCAGCUGCAGUGUCCAGGGCAGUACUCUGCACUGGAGGCUUUCUACGAGGAUAAGAAGGCCCUGCUGCCCCCUCUGGAGAACGGCCUGAUCAUCACCAGCCCCAGCAGGUCCAGGGGAGCCUCCCAGAGCCGCUGCAUGCACCCCGAAAUGAAGAUCUCCCAUCCUGCGGGCUGCAUGUCCCAGUUCAUCCGCUUCCUUGGGGAGCAGAUCAUGCUGCUGUGGAAGUUCUCUCUUCUGCGCAAACGUAUCCUCAUCUUCUCCCCCCCACCCAUUGGAGUGGUGUGCUACAGGGUAUACUGCUGCUGUUGCUUGGCGAAUGUGUCUCUGCCUGGGGUGGGCGUGGCAGUGCCAGAGUUCCGGCCUUUCUUCUACAUCAGCGUGGCUGACAUCACCACCCUGGAGACAGAGGUGUCCUACGUGGCCUGCACCACAGAGAAGAUCUUCGAGGAGAAGCAGGACCUCUAUGACGUCUAUGUGGAUAACCAGAACGUGAGGACGCACAGACAGAGCCUGCAGCCGCUGCUGCACCUGAACAGCGCCGAUCGGCAGAAGUACAGGAAGCUCAGUGAGCAGAGACAGACGCUGUUGUACUCUCAGGAUGUGGAUGGAGACUGUACCUCCAAUGAAGAAGAGCUCUUCGUCCUCUUCUUCAUGGAGCUGAAUGACCGGAUCUUUCAGACACUGUAUGAGGUUGCGGGGAGUUUGGACCAGACACUGACAGAGGACCACGUACGGUCCAUGGGGCUGGACCCCCAGGGUGACCAUGGCUUCCUGGUGGACCUGCUUGAGUUGUACGGCAUUGAUGUCACACUGGACAUCGACAACCCCUGCUGCUCCUGAGACACUGCCCUCUACUGGACACUUCUGCCCCAGAGAGAAAGAAACUGCCCCUCUACUUCCUUUUACCCCAUUGCUUGAGACCGUGCCCCUUACUGUACCCCUGCAUCAUUGGGUGGCCUUUAAGCGCCGCUCAGCUACUCUGAAUCUGCCUUUACUACUCUGUGCUUUUUGGCCAUCUCAGUCUGCCGUCUCUCAAACUCACUUAUUCACUCCUAUCCAAUCUUUGCAAUGUGCAUAUUUACUCUUACCAUCUCUCGGUGUGAGCAUUUACCUCUGCUGUCUCUCAGGCUCACCUUUUUACUCCCCCAGUUUCUCAAAUGUGUGCAUUUGCUCCUGCUGUCUGUCCUGCCCUGUCCGUGUGUCUGUCUGACCUCUCUCCCGCAGUGGCAGAGUACACACGCAGCUGGGGAGUCGGACAGGAAGUGAGCUCGCCGACAGCAGAGUGACACCGAUGUUCUGUGUGAAUAAUGUGGCUCUUCCGGCUUCUAUUCACACUGAUAACAGCCGUUCCUCUCCGCACCACACUCUCUGGUCCCUUACCUUCUGCUGACUUCUGGGAAAUGUAGUCCAGUCAGGGAUCACCCUAAUUCUUGUGUUGGAGUUUCAUCCAUCGUGACCGGCGGACAAAAAUUUAUUGCAGAAUUUUCAGUUUCAUUAUUGUUUUUCUGGAAAAACCAGGAACAUUGUAGUGAAUGUAGUUUUUCUCCUCAGUGUUUGGACUGUUUGUUGCACAGAAAGCACAGAUCCUAAAUGUGAAAGCUAGCCAGCAACAACUGGACAACCAUCAACGUGAUCAACUGGUUUUGCUGUGUUGUUUUUUGGCACAUUAUUUGUCUUACUCACAAAAGCGAUUCUGUCCCUCCUUUUCUGAAAGGGUACAGUGAAUUCCCUCCAUUGACAGCAUUUAGAGUGAGCCUAGAUUACAGGCACCAGAAAAUGCACCAAGCAUGGACAAAUGGACAGAUAGACACCUUGGUGCUCCUAGAAUUGAACACAAUGAGCUCCUGAAUGGCUCUCUGGCUUUCAGCUGUAAUAGGAGAUCUGAGUGGAAAUGCUGUCCAGCUCUGUGGAAGAAACACUCCAUCACGCUCCUCAGCUGAAGAAAUGGACAUUUCAGAGAGACUGGUGCAGGUUGAGAAUAACGUUCCUGAGGGUAAAAGGAGUGUGUGUGUGUGUGUGUGUUCUGAGCAACUAUGUGUCUGCUAUUUUGAUUAUGGGAAGAGACUUUAACAGAGAAAUAUUUGGCAAUAUUUAAUAUUGACAAUAACAGAAGUUAUUAAUGGGAAGCGUUUCAAAAUUAUUGUAAAGUGUUUUUUUACUGAAAAU